UGCUUCCGAAAACGAGGAGUAUCAAAAGAGUGCACGGAAAGACAAGAUGGCGUCAAGUGAGUCAGGAGAUGAUUCUCUGUAUCCAAUCGCAGUUUUAAUCGACGAGUUAAGAAAUGAAGAUGUCCAGUUGCGGCUCAAUAGUAUCAAGAAGUUAUCCACCAUUGCUUUGGCUCUUGGUGUAGAGAGAACCCGCAGUGAACUUAUUCCUUUUCUUACAGACACUAUAUAUGAUGAGGAUGAAGUGUUACUGGCAUUGGCUGAGCAGCUUGGUAGCUUCACUGCAUUGGUAGGAGGAUCAGAGUUCGUUCACUCACUGCUGCCUCCAUUGGAGAGUCUAGCGACUGUAGAGGAGACGGUUGUCCGUGACAAAGCUGUUGACUCAUUACGUAAGCUGUCUGAAGAACACUCUGCGGCUGAUAUGGAGGCUCACUUCUACCCAUUAGUCAAACGGCUCUCGUCUGGUGAUUGGUUCACGUCUCGCACGUCGGCCUGUGGAUUGUUUAGUGUUUGUUACACUAAGUGUCCAAACAACAUCAAGUCAGAGUUACGCACCCAGUUCAGAAACUUGUGCACAGAUGAAACACCAAUGGUAAGACGCGCUGCUGCCAGUAAACUGGGAGAAUUCGCCAAGGCAGUAGAAUUGGAAUAUCUCAAGUCUGAUGUCAUCCCUAUGUUUGUCAACCUUGCUGCUGAUGAACAGGACUCUGUGCGCCUGUUGGCAGUGGAAGCCUGCGUCAGCAUUGCAACAUCUCUAUCACACGAGGACACAGAAUCUUUAAUCAUGGUGACGCUGAGACAGUGCGCAGAAGACAAGUCAUGGAGGGUGCGCUAUAUGGUAGCCGACAAGUUUACUGAUUUGCAGCAAGCUGUUGGACCUGAGAUCACAAAGCAAGAUUUAGUGGGAGCAUUUCAGAGCUUGUUGAAGGACUGUGAGGCGGAGGUGCGCGCAGCUAGUGCACACAAAGUCAAGUCGUUCUGUGAGAACCUGGCCCCAGACGCCAGGGAACAGAUCAUUAUGACUAAUAUUCUUCCGUGUGUGAAGGAGUUGGUGUCUGAUGCUAACCAGCACGUAAAAAGCGCAUUGGCUUCUGUCAUCAUGGGAUUAUCGCCAAUCUUGGGGAAAGACAAAACCAUUGAGCACCUGUUGCCUCUGUUCUUGGCCCAGUUGAAGGACGAGUGCCCAGAAGUACGCCUCAACAUCAUCAGCAACCUGGACUGCGUUAACAAUGUGAUUGGUAUCAAACAGCUAUCCCAGUCAUUACUACCCGCCAUUGUGGAACUUGCUGAGGAUACUAAAUGGCGUGUACGACUGGCCAUUAUUGAGUACAUGCCGCUACUGGCCGGCCAAUUGGGGGUGGAAUUCUUUGACGAGAAACUCAACAGUCUUUGUAUGACUUGGCUUGUAGAUCAUGUUUUUGCUAUAAGGGAAGCAGCUACCAACAAUCUGAAGAAACUCGUUGAGAAGUUUGGAAUUGAGUGGGCUCAGAGUACCGUUCUCCCCAAAGUCUUGGCCAUGUCAAGAGAUCAGAACUACCUCCACCGAAUGACUUGCUUGUUUUGCAUCAAUGUGAUGGCUGAGGUGGUUGGUGCUGAGGUAACCAAUAAACUCCUGAUGCCCGUAGUGGUCAGCUUGGCUGCGGACGCUGUGGCCAACGUCAGGUUCAAUGUUGCCAAGACAUUACAGAAGCUAGCCCCAAAUCUAGAAGCAGGUUGUCUACAGAGCCAAGUAAAACCUGUCCUGGACAAACUGUACGGAGAUAGCGAUGUGGAUGUCAAGUUCUUUGCACAGGAAGCAAUCACAGCGUGUUCCUAAAGUCUGUGAGCCUUGAAGAGCUAGACCACACCUUGGUUACCACCAUUGAUGAUGACAUGAAACGUACUGCAACCCUGGUGUUAAAAAGACCCGUUGCCUUGGAUCGGGCGAGUUGGUCCAAGAAAAGCAUUUGAAAUCGUUUGUUAUCAAAUGCGUAUG